GAUUCCUAUGACGGCGACUCACAAAUAUCAAAAGACACGGCUAAAACAAGAAGGAAUUGAUAUAGAAAGAUGUGGAAAAGAUAAAUUGUUUGUGAUUGAUAGGGAGAAGAUGAUUUAUGUUCCACUCGAGGGGGAAAGCCAUAAAGCCGUCGCCUCAGGAACAGCCAAGCUGUAA